GGGGGCGGGGCUCCUCGCACGCGUCUCGAGACGGAAGCGGCGCUGCAUCCGCGCUGACUGGGCCGAGAGUUCAGAAGGAGAAAGUGGCACCGUGAGCAGUGACACAGUGUCCGCCGUGAGCCAUGGGCAAGGAUGAGGAGGACGCCCCGCACGCCACCGCAGCCGCCAACGCGCAGGCCUCGAGGAUGACGCCGAACAGCUGCAGCCUUCUGUCCACGCUCGGCCACAGCGUCACAGCCCCGGGCAGUGGGUGCACAACCAGCCAACAGCAGCAGGGUAUCCUGGGGCACAGGUCCAUCCACACAGAACACAACCGCAUCCUGGCCCAGGCAACCGCUGCCACGAUGCGUCUGUCUCUCUGUGCCACCGAUACGGCCGCCCGUCCCCACCAGCCGUCGCCGCUGCUGCUGCAGCCUCAGACGCUGUAUCCCGCCGUCAAUGUAGAGAACAAGAUACUGAAGGAAUAUGAAGAUAGCAAGGCCCUGAAAAGUCUCAAAAUGGUUCAUGAAACCUCAAGUGAAGACCUGAUUAAUACAAUUCUUCUCCGCUACGCUGGGCAUCAAAUCAUAAGCGGGAGCAGCAAAGGCGUUGCCGCAUCAACGUUCCCAUCGGGAGCUUUAAGUUUGACGAAGCAGAAGGCGCCCAGCUCAGCUGAGAUGCCGUGGCAAGUUCGUCAAGAGGGCAUCGCGCAGGACCUGGCCAGCGCUGGCUCCGGCGAAAACACCGACGACGUCGCACCUCUCGCCGGCCACACGUGGAUGGAGCAGAGCUUCACGCUGGCCCUGGAAGGUUGGGGCGAGGAGGACAAGCCGGAGGAAGGGUCGCCCGGCGAGGAUGAGUGGGCGCCACUUCUGGCACCUGCUCGACUUGUGGACACCACUCUGCCCCAGAAGAAGGGCUUGCUGAGCGCCGUGAGCGUGUCGCUGGUGGGAGGGCUGACCCCUGACCUCACGGAGGGCUCUACCUGUGCGACGCUCUUUUCUAUCAUGAAGGAGUUGGCCCAGACCGAGCCCGAGUUUGUCCUCAAGGUGGCGCUUUAUUCCCGCCGAGAGCUGGGCAUCAGGAAGACGUCAAACGUUCUGCUGGCCCUGGCGGCGCAGCUGCCCCCCUGCCGCCCCCACCUCGUGCGCUACUUCUCCGCGGCGGUCGUGCUGCCUUCCGAUUGGCUGGAUGUGGCCACCACCUACAAGUCGCUGUUGAGCACGCGGGAGCGCCUGUCGUUGCCGGCGUGCCUGCGCCGUGCGCUGGUGGAGAAGUUCCCCGCGUUUAACGAGCAUCAGCUUGCCAAGUACAACAAGGAAGGACAGAAGCAGGGCCUGCGCAAGGAGGCUCCACCGGGAGAGGCGGAGAAGCGCUACAAGUAUUCGUUGAAAUACAUGAUUCGUAACCUGCACAUCUCCAAGCCGGUGCAUUCCGUCAUGAGCCUGCUGGGAAAGAGAUACCCGGGCGACCUGGCGACGUUCGCCCGCUCGGGGUUGCCGGGACCGUUUGACUCGCGCCGCGCCGGCACGCGGAUGAAGCUCGCCGUCCCGGAGACCUGGGAGACGCAGGUGUCUCUGCGGGGAAACCGAGCGGAGGUCUGGGAGGAACUCAUCGAUCACAAGAAGCUGCCCUUCAUGGCCAUGCUGCGGAAUCUGAGCAACCUCAUCUGUGCCGGGAUAAGCCCCGCACACCACGCCGUCAUCCUGCGUACGCUCACAAGCAAGGAUUCAGUGGUGCGCAGCAAACAGUUCCCCUUUCGGUUUUUCUCCGCCUACGAGGUCCUCUCCGAGUUGGAGGCCCGGAUACAAAAAGGAGAGGAGGACGUGCCAAGCUUGCGCGUGAUGAUGAAGAACGCCAUUCUGAAGAAGUUACGGGGCAAGUCUCGAAGGAAGCCAGUCUCGGCCUCGUCCACGAGAGGAAAGUUCGAUGCGGAUCUGUACGCCGUUUGUAAGAGGGCACGGAAACGCCUCCUCAAAAAAAGACUGGCUGCCGGGUGUGAUGCGGAGCUGCUGGGCCGGUACAAGCAAGCACUGGACCACGCCGUGAAGAUCUCCACAUCGCACAACGUCGCGCCGCUGCCGGGCCGAACGCUCGUGCUGUGCAACACCGCGGCGGCCAUGAGCAAGCCCUGCAGCACGGGCCGUGGUUUGGGGAAGUCGCGCACGGUGCUGGAGGUGGCCCUGCUGCUGGGGCUCAUGGUGAAGUUUGCGAGCGAGCACGCGGAGCUGGUGCUGUGGGGCCGGGGCUCUGCCCGGCACGUGCAGCUCGCGGACGGAACCGUGCUCGAGAAUCUGGAGCAGCUGCUGCGGGAGGAGGAGCAGAAGCGGAAGGAGGAGGAGGAUGACAGUGAUGACAGCGACGACAGCGGAGCUGAGGUGGCGAGCGACGACGAGGAUGACACGGGCUUACCUGAGGAGCUGCUGUCCACCCUGCUCCUGCAGAAAAAGCAGGUGACCGCGCUGGUGGUGCUGGACUGGCGCGUGAUGCUCCCGCCGAGCGUGCGCCGCUUCCUCGUGCGCUACCGCCACUCGGUCAACCCGGGCCUCCUCUUCCUGCACUGCAACCUGGCGGCCACGAGCACGGGGAUUGGCGACCCUGCGGAGGGCUACCACGAGAGCGACGUGUUUGUCUCGGGCUACAGCGAGCAGAUCCUCAGGUUCCUGUCGGAGCGCGGCGGGGAGCGCAUGCUGCAGCACGUAGAGCGCGUGGACGCCCUCUACGGCGUGCCGCCCCCGCCCGACGCCGGUGCCGGGGAGAGCGCCGUCGUCCCAGCGGAGGUCCCCGUGUCGCUGCCUCCCGCAGUGAGGUGGCGCACCGUGCGCGUCUUCAUCUCGUCCACGUUCCGCGACAUGCACGGCGAGCGCGACCUGCUGUGCCGUGUUGUGCUGCCCGAGCUGCGGGCGCGGGCCGCUGCGCUGCUGCUGCACAUCGUGGAAGUCGACCUGCGCUGGGGGGUCACGGAGGAGGAGGCGCGGCACAACCGGCAGUUGGAGCUGUGCUUGGCGGAGGUACAUCGCUGCGACUACUUUUUGGGGCUGCUGGGGCAGCGCUACGGCACCGUGCUGCAGGAAUACCUCGUCCCUGAUGAGCCGCACUUCCAAUGGGUGGCGAUGUACCCGCGCGGGCGCUCGGUGACCGAGCUCGAGAUUUCCCAGUGCGCCUUGCGCGACCCCGGCAAUCUCCGUGCCCGCGGAGCAUUCUUCUACUUCCGCGACAGCUCCUUCAUCAGCUCCGUCCCCACGGAGUGGGUCGCAGAUUUCGCGGCCGAGUCCGACGAGGCCAUGGCACGCCAAGAGGACCUGAAGCGGCGCAUUAUGGAGAGCGGCCUGCCCAUCAUGGAGCGGUACCCGUGUGUGUGGGGCGGCGUGGCGGGCGGCAAGCCAGGCGUGGCAGGCCUUGAGGAGUUUGGGAAGGCCGUGCUGCACGACCUGUGGACCGCCAUCAGCAAGGAGGCGGCAGAGAGGGGCCACGGCGACGACGACGGAGAGGGCGGCGCCAUCUCGGAGCACGAGCGGCAGGCCGCGUUCGUGGCGAUGCAGGCGAGCGGGGCGAGCGCCCGCAGGGGCCCGCUGCAGGAGGCCACGGCGGGGCUGCGCGCCACCGAGGCCGGCGGCGCGGUGCUCGUGCGGGGAGCCAGCGCCAGCGGCAAGACCGUGCUCAUGGCACAGCUGGCGGACCUCCUGGCUCACGGGAGGAGCGGCGAGGAAGCCCACGGGCCCUGCGCGCCCAGCGACGUGCUGCCUUUCUUUAGCGAUGCGUGCGGCGAGCGGCCAUCUGCCUCCUCCGCCCUCUCGUACCUCUGCACGGGCCUGCGGGCCAGGCUUGGCCUGCCGGGCUCCAUUCCCACCUCUCAGCCGGCGUUGGCGUCGCUUUUUAAGAGCCUGCUCAUGCAGGCCGGAGGAGCUGGCGCCGAGAGGGUGCCGGUCGCCGGCGCGGGAGCACGGCGCGGGCGGCCGGACUUCGUCGGCGAGGCCGGGACCCGGCGUCGCGGCAAGGCUGGGCCCGUCCUCACCGUGCUCGUGGACGGGCUGGACGGCCAGCUCGGCCGCUCCGCCGACUGGCUGCCCAUCCCCAUCCCGCCUGGCGUGCGGCUGGUGGUGAGCGCUACACUGGGCUCGAGCCUGGACAAGGCCCUACUGAGGGUUUGCUCGGUGGCCCAGGUCUGCGUGGGGCCACUCGAGCGGCAGGAGAAGGCCGACUUGGUGCGCCGCACCCUGGCCUCCCACCACAAGAAACUGGAUGAGUCGCACUCCAACAAUCAGAUGUCACUGCUGCUCGCCAAGCGGGAGUCUCGCUGCCCCCUUUUCCUCGCCAUCGCCUGCCGGGAGCUGCGUGGAUUCGGGCUCUUCAGCAAGGUGAGCGAGAGGAUCAAACAAAUGCCGCAGACGGUGAGCGGCCUGCUACAGGAGGUGCUCGCGCGCCUGGAGGACGACCACGGCGCCCCCACCGUGCGGGCCGCCCUCGCCUCGCUCUGCUGCAGCCGCACAGGCCUGGCCGACGAGGACCUGCGACAGGUCGUGAGCCUGUGCCUGGCCGCCGGGCUGUGGGCGGCGGAGCCCGGAGCUCCGGACAAACGCAAGGCGGCCAAGACCGCGCACGAUCCCUCGGAGCUCUGGGAGAAGCUCCACGCGUUGCCGAUGUCGCCCCGCAACGCCCUGCCCAUGGCCCGCUUUAGUCACCUCAUCCGUGAGCUCAAGAGCUUUGCCGGCGGAUCGUGCAGCAGCGAGGGCUCGCCGACCGGGCGCCUGCAGCUGCUGUCCCAGGAGCCGGCGCUGUUGGCAGUGCGCUCGCGAUACCUGCAUCGGGGCGACUCAGAGAGCCUCGCUCACACGGCUAUUGCCGUGCAUUUGCUCAAGAAGUUGAAGCCGUGGCAGGAUGGACGCGUGUCACACGUGGACCCAGACGUCCUGGCGGAGCUGCCGUACCACCUGGUCCAUGCGGGGCUGGCGGUGAAACUGGGUCACCUGUUGGCCGACCUCCGAUUCCUCUACCUCAAAAUCGCCAACCGCACCGUCCCCCAACUUCUGGAAGACUUCGACCUCUACGCGACUUCCGUUGCCCAGCAGGGGCUCGCCCCUUGCCCGGUCGUGGAAGAGUUGCGAGGGUUUGUGAGCCAGAGCCAGCACAUCCUGCGUCGGAGCCCGAGGCUGAUGUGGCAGCAGGCCAUCAACUCGGCCCCCGGGUCUCCCGCCAGCGUGCAGGCCGCGUCGCUGGCGGUGCAGGCCUCCCGGGACACGCCAGGAGUCGCGAGCCCGCGGCCGGGAUACGUCGUCGAGUGGGUCAACAGGCACCACGCUGCCCCGGCUGCCCUGCGGACGACCGGAGGCUUCGCGGGGGAGCCGUGGUGCCUGGCGACAUGCGCGCGCGGCGACGCGGUCGUCGCGGCGACCAGCCUGGGGCACGUGCAGCUGCUGCACAUCGACACGGGCAAGGAGCUGCAGAGCAUGUCCGCACACAGUGAAGGCAUCUCCGCAUGCUGCUUCCUGUCCGAAAACCUCAUCUGCUUGGGCACGAGUAAUGGACAGAUGUCCACGUGGAACAUCCGAGAGGGAUACAGGGUGCUGAGCGUGCAGGCGCACAGGCUGCGCGUGUCUGGCUGUGCUCCCAGCGCCUGCGGCAGGCAGGUGCUGACGGUGUCGUGGGACUGCUCUCUUAAGAUUUGGAGCGUGACCGAGGGGCGUUGCGUCGCCGAGCUGAGUUCCAGCCGGCCGCUCUCCUGCGUCGCCGUUCACCCCCGGGGAGCGCUCGCGGUCACCGGCAGCUGGGACUCGGCGCUCGUCACGUGGGACGUCUUCCACCUCCGGCGCGUUUCCACUCUGCGUGGACAUAGUGCAGCAGUCCGCGCGGUGGCUUACAGCCCGUCCGGCAAGCACCUGGCCUCGGCUGCCCUGGAUGGCGAGGUCAUAUUGUGGGCGUCUGAGUCGGGCACCGUCCUCGGCACCUACCUGGGCCACCAAGGCCCGGUGAACUGUGUCCAGUUCACCCCAGACGGUCGCUAUCUGCUAACCGGAGGCGAUGACAACAAGGUGCGGGUGUGGACGGGGGGGCUCGGCCGGCCGGUGGCGGUACUGGGCGGCCCGGGACAGGACGCGGUGCCAGCGGCGGUGGUGGCGGCGCUCUGCGUGUCGGGGAGCCCGGACGGCUCCCAGCUCGCCGUGGGGCUGCACAGCGGCGGCGUUCGAGUGCACGGCGUCCACUCGGGCGUCACCGUGGAGGUGCAGGCCCACCCGCACGCGGUGCACUGCGUCGUGUGGCUGCUGGGCACUGGCGGCACGGCACUGGCGUCCGGCUCGGAGGGCGGCUCCGUGAAGGUUUGGCGGCUCAGCGGCACGGAGGCCCCGGGCGACGCGGCGGCCCUGACCCUGAACCGGACGCUGCAGGGCCUCAGCGGCGCCGUGCGGGCCCUCGCCUGCUCCGACCGCUUCCUCGCCGCCGCCUCCGACGACGCCAUGGUGGUGCUGUGGCCGAUCGGGGAGGCUCGCGGCGGCCAGGGUGAGGUGACGAGCGCCCCGAGCGGCGUGCUGUGGGGCCAUGAGGGAGCCGUCACCUGCUGCUGCUUCAGUCCCGACGGCUCUCAGUUGCUCACAGGCAGCAAGGACCGGAGCCUGGUCUUCUGGGAGGUGCAAGCCUCCCGAGCCCGGCUGCGUGUGCCCAGCUCGCACGGCGACUGGGUGACGGGCGUGCACUGGGACCGCGACGGGGAAACCGCGGUGUCCUGCUCAAACGACUGCACCGUGAAGGUGUGGGAUGCCAGCACGGGCCACCUGCGGCGAGAAUUGAGGGGCCACCAGAGCUCUGUUAACUGCGUGAGCGUCAUGGACGGGGUGAUUCUCUCGGGAAGCUCCGAUGGGCAGCUCCGUGCGUGGCGCUGCUCGGGCCAGGAGAUCGCGUGCAUCCCCGCACAUGCGCAGCGCAUCAACGGCGCCUGGGUCUGGCUGCAGCAGCAGCAGCAGGGUGCAGGGAAGCGGCCGGGGGAGGAGGCGCUCUCCGAGGCACUGCGUGCGGCCUCCGCCAGCGACGACAGCACCGUGCGGAUCUGGGCCCCACUCAUGGGCAGCGAGCUGGCGUCUCUGAGCGAACACUCAGGCCCAGUGCAGGCUCUGGCUGUAACAGCACUCUCCAAUUGCGCCCUCUCUGCCUCCAAGGAUGGCUCCGUCAAGAUGUGGCAACUCCGCAUUCUGCCCGCCGCCGCCAGCACGCUGCCCUGCAGGCACCAGCGCGCGGUGACGGCAGUGCAGGCGUCCCCAGGGGGGCGCCACGUGGUGUCGGGGGCCGAGGACGGCCAUGUGCUGCUGUGGAGCCGCUGCUCGGGCCCCGCGCUCGCCCCAAGCGCUGCGGUGCAGGCUCACGACGGAGCAGUGAGCUGCGUGUGCUUCCCGGAGCGGGCGGAGGAAACGUUCCUGACGGCAGGAAUGGACCGACAGGUGUGCUGCUGGAGGAUUCUGCCAGGGGACCGUGUGGAGGUGUUGUGCCGCUUGCACAGCUUGGAAGUCGAGGUUCCGCUCGUGUCGAUGGCCGCCACGUGGGAGGCUUGCGGCAAGGGAGGGGGCGGCGGCGUCGGCGCCGUCCUGGCGGGAGACGCCGCGGGCCAGGCGCUGCUGCUCAGCUCACGGCCCCUCUCCGUCACCGCCAGGAGGACCACACGUUCCGCGCAAUGGAUUGUGGGAAUAUCUCCAAGUGGCCCUGACCUGUGGCAGGUGUGCGGAGUGGCUGGCCCAGAAGAAUUCAUCAUCUAUACACUGAGAGCUACCCAGAAUUCCCUGAAGCUCGUGGAGUCGCACACCCGUUCCCUGCCUGCUGGGGAACCUGGCGCGUGGCUCUCCCACGCUGGCUCCGUGCAGCUGCAGGGAGGUCCCCACUGGGCUUGUGGGGAUUCCCGGGGAAACCUGGAGCUGUGGUCGGCUGCCCGGGUGGUUGCCGGUCCGCAUGGUGGUGGUGGUGGUGGUGGCUGUGCCACUGGUUUUGUCUCCCACACGCAGCGGGUGCACGGUGCCGAUGUGACCGGGGUCUACGUCGUAGGCUCCGUGCUGGUAACAGCUUCCCUGGACCACAGCGUCAAGCUCUGGUCUCUGCCUGACCUCCGCCAGCUGGGCCUGUUCGUGUGCGGCGGGCCCGUCACCUGCAUGAGGACCAUCGCCUGCGGAGGUCACGAGGUCGUCGUGUGUGGAGAUUCCCUGGGACAAGUUUACUUCCUCCGUCUGCAUGACGCUUUCUUCUAAACGCUAACUUCCGUUUUCGCGGGUUUGGUAAAACAAUGACUACAAAUGGAAAUUACAUUUCACGAGCGCCGUGAUAAAAACAAAUGCACUACAUAUAAGGACUAUCUAUAAAAAUGCAUGACGGCCUCAUAUAUCGUUAGGAUGAUGCAAUAUUGUUGUGAUUGGUUGCUGUGUUUGGGUAAACAUUGAUCACGAUAAUUUGGGUACAAUUUUGUGCAUGCAAUUAGGUGAAGUGGAAAAUAUAAUUAAUUUAAAUAGUAGGGUCACUGAAUACGUAGGAUGCGAAGAGAACAAUAAUCUACGCGCGUUACGAGUACAUCUUGUGUAUGCCGGCAGCUAUGGUGUGGCAAUGGCAUUAAACUGG